AAUUCACUUGACUUGGCUCUCUGGUGUCUUUAAGGCCGGUCAUAUUGUGUGUUAAACUCCGUCAAACAAGAACAAGACAAAAUCUUACUACAAAGAAAGAAAAAAUUUACUUCAGAGAAAUUUUACUCGAAACUAAAAGAAGAAAAAAUACUGUCAACUGAUUCGUUCCAUUAUACACCAAGCUCCAAUUACGGAUUUUUUUUCCAUUUUACAUUUACACAACAACAAAAUAAACGAAAAACGUCUUAAUACGACACGACAUCCAAAAAAAAAAUUACAAAGCUGAAAAAUCGAUAAAAUAACAUUUUGCCUGAAAACUGCAUAUUUCUUUUCCGUUGAGAAUCGAACAAGUUUUUAUUAUUUUUUUCUGAACUAAGUUAGUUGCUAAAGUUGACGUUUUUCUCUUGUAAAGAAUAUAUUUAUUUCGAAGAAGAAAAAAAACGAAAGAGAAAGAAAACGAUUCAUGAACGGAAAUCUGAAGAAAAUUUGGGAGAGAAAUCGAUGAAAUUUCAACGUUGAAAAGUGAUUGAAACAAGAAAGAAAAAAAGAAAUAGAAUAAAGAUAGAAGGUGGUCGAUUAUAUUUUUGUGCGUGUGAAAAAGUCGAGUGUGCUUCAUUUUUCCUAGCAGAUCAAUUCUAGAGUAUAUUGCGGUCCCUGUGUGACAGUUGUAGCGUUUGCGCAUCGUACCAGUGUGGAACUUUUUAGUAUUGUUGGGAACGAGAAAGGAAAGAAGCAAAAAAAAAUAGAGAAAGAAAAUUACAUAAAACCAUAAAUAAAUAAAACAGAACACACUCGUUUUGAUGGUGUGUGUAUGAUCUAACCAAGUCAACGGGUGCGGCCAAAUCAUCGUCAACGAAAGAAUACAUAUAUUCCAAGUGAGACGUUCGAUUUCGUUUUCCAUUUACCAUUUUCAGAACUGAAUAGAACUCACGCAAGUUUCCUCCAGUCAGUCCAAAAACCGAAGACGAACGUUCAACAUACCACAUUCGCUGUGCCAUUUGCACAGGAAAAGGAACAAAAAAAAAAGAAAGAGAAAAUAACGCAUUCGUUUUCCAUUAAGCAAGAACCAGUCUUUUUAUCUAUAUUUUCUCGCUCAACAUUCAUUAGACACAUUCCGGAAAGUUUUCAGUGUGCUGUUUAAGUGUAGUAGAACGCGAAAUUUAUUCCGACGGAAGUGAAGAGUUUUUUUUUUCCAGUUCGCAUUGGAAAAAUAACGUUCGCGUUUCUUUUUUGGCGUGUGAUCGAAUUUAAUUAGGAAAGGAAAAGGAAGAGAGAAUUUUUGCUGAGUGCUCGAAGUAACCGAAUACGGCAUUAGCAUGGCAUCAGAAGAAAAACCGAGUCAGGAAACGCCCGAUCAAGUGAUUGAGGAAUUUUCGAAUAGACAUGAUAUUCCAGCCACUUAUGAGCCGCCUAGUCCAUUGACCGGUUGCUAUUUGCUCAUCAUAUUAGGCGAACCACAUUCGCACGAACAUAAGGAUAUCAUAUUGCAACGCCUAUUAAAAGGUUUGUUAUCGUGGAACGUGCUGGAAUGCCAUGUUGAUUUGGAAGAGGAGCUGAACAGUUUAACGAAUCAUGCUCCUGAAGGUGAAGCCACUCGCCAUGGCGAGCGUUUGAUUCAAUUUGCUAGCGAAAAUUUGGUAACGGAAAUAUUGAUUCAUCCCCAAUACAAUACGUUGAUUCAGUGCAUGCGAAAUUUAUUGAGUAGUUUUACAAGGCAUAGACAUAUUAUACAUUCCGGUUACACAUUCUCUGGAAAUGGUUCAUGGAUUUUGCAAGAUGCAACAUUUUCGGUAUCCGAUUUUGUCGAGGCUAUACAAGACUAUGAGGUGCAACGCGUUAUGCGAGCAUAUCCAGAUACCAUAUCGAUGGAAAUACAUUGUGCUGCAUCUGGACAUUGGAAUAAAUUGCCCGAUAAAUCGUAUGCGAAACUCUGUAAAAUUCGCAUCAAUUCAGUUGACAUUCUUGACUCGGGAAGUGAACGACUUAAUGCAUUUAUCAAUUAUUUGUCACCAUUGAUUAUGCCAGCCAAUUUGCAUGAUUUGAUGGAGAGCUCCGAUGUUGUAGGCAAUAUUCGAUUCAGCCAUCCAACACUGUACGUCUUCCCGGGCGGACAGGGAGAUGCUGCGCUAUUCGGUAUCAAUGGAUUUAACAUGUUGGUUGAUGGUGGUUUCAAUCGUAAAUCAUGUUUCUGGGACUUUACACGUCAUUUGGAUCGUUUGGAUGCUGUGCUCAUGACACGCAUCAACAAUGCAAAUAUUCAAGGCAUUAGUUCGAUAAUUGAACGCAAGGCAAUGUCAAAUGUUUAUCCACAAAUUGGAUAUUUCUUUACAAACAUUCCUGAAUCGAAACCAGAACCAAAUUUGGAGAGUGAUAAAGAUAGUGAUCCAUUGUUGGUGAAUUUAUUCGAACGCGGUCAAUCGAUUACAUCAAAUUUAAAAUCAAUUAAUAUAAAACCACAGCCAUGCUACAAAGAUAUUGAACCAAUCAAUUUAUACCAUAAAGUGGGACACGGUACAUUGGAUAUGUUUGUGAUAAGUCCAUCGAAAGAGUCAAAAGAGGUGAAAGAAUUUCUACACAAAUGGAAUGCACGUGAUCAAAAUUUAUUUGCCACCAAACAAUCGAAAGAGUUUCAAUUUCCAUUGCAAAAUCUUGUGUCAAUUUGUGCGAUGCUCGUAUGGCAGCCGGCCAAUCCGGAAGAGACGAUCACACGUAUUCUGUUUCCGGGUAGUACACCCGACUAUAAAAUUAUGGAAGGUUUGGAUAAAAUGAAACAUUUGGAAUUUGUCAAGCAUCCGGUUUGCACAGCAAAUCAAAUCGAAGCCAGUUUUUCAUCAACAAUUUUAUCGAAAAAACAACUUAAAUCCGCCCUCGCCGACAAAUCAACUCACGAGCCAAUCCUUCCGUCCAAAGUUACAAAAACCAUUGUUGCACAACAAGAGAAGGAUAAUAAAAUGGUGACUGAGACAAAGCAAGUAAUUAAAACAACGGAAAAAGAGACGAGCGCCGUUAAUGGUAACGUUGAAACAAAAGCGGAUAUUGAAAAAGAUGUUAAAGUUAGCAAACCAAUUGAAAAAGAAGGUGAAAAAGAUAAUAAAAUUGCAUCUGAAACGAAACCCAUUGUUAAAUCACGCAUCGAUUCACGACCACCCAAGUCGAUCGAGAAAAAAUUGAAAAAAGAUUCAUCGACGGAGAAAAGGUCCAGCCCAAUCACAACACCAAAGAAAGAACCAAAACAACUUAAAGAAAAAGAGCUUAAACCAAAGGCAAUUGGUCGUGUGGCCAAAAUGAGUCCAGGCAGUACACCAGCCAAAAGUACCAAAGAAGCAAAUAAUCGCAAAGUUUUUGAAUCGAGACAAAAGACGACUGUGAAAACGUUGAAAAAAGAUGUGGCUCAAACAACCGAAAAGAAAGAGGUGAAAGUUGAACGGAAAGCUAUUUCACGACGACCCAAACCAGCUGCUGGUAGUCCAAUGAAAACGGUUAAAAAAGUAACCAAAGAUACGGCCGUUCGAAGACCGAAAACCGAAAAGGGUACCACUUCUGAUUCAAGUGUGGUUUCAACACCAAGCGCUGAUGAUGCAAAAUCGAAGAAAACCACCGAACAAGAGAAACAAAUUUUACUCGAUGAUUUGAUUGAAGAACAAGAAGCUGUGCGUGAAAUUGAAGCAGUGUUGCAACGAUCCGAAAAACGAACCAAAGAUAUUGACGAUGAACAUCGAGCCAUUAUUGAUAAACAAGAUAGCACUACUGAAGUCGACGAGGAUGAAGAAUAUAUUAUUAUUGAAAAAGAAGAACCGUACACAGAAGAUUCGGUUAAUGAACAAGAAAGUGCCGAUUUAACUGGCAAAGAAGAGGUUAAACACCAACGCGAUUCACAAGAAUCGGAGAAAAAACGUAAACCAAGCAUGGAAACAACUGAAGAAGAAGAACCACAACAAGCCAUUGAAAAAUCGACCGAACAAGAGAAAGAAACUGUUGAAAGUGCUCCAGAUGCAGAAGAAGUGACUGAUGUUAAAGAAGAAGAAAAAGAGGAAACGGUUCCAACUGCGCAUAAAAUGAAUGGCACUGUUCCAAAAGGCAAAGCUGAUGUUGAAGAAGUGAAAUCACACGAAGGUUCUCCAAUAUCCGAUGAAAAAGAACCAAGCGAUGAGAAAAAAUCCGACGAUAAAGAAGAAUUGGGCGCAGAUAAAGGAGGCGAUACAAAAGAGGGUGACAUUGUUAACGUUCCCGAAAGUCAAGCAACGGCCGAAUCGGGUGCAACAACAGCACCCACUUUGCCCGAAGAUGAGCACAUCACAAUGGAUGAAAUCAAAGAAGAUGUUGUAAUUGAAGAAAAAUACACCAAAGAAGAGACAAAAGAAACUCAAGUGGUUGUUACAGCCACAACUGAUGAGCCCGUUGAACGUGUACAACCAAAACCAAUGCAAUUCGAUGCACAACAGCCACAUUUGCGCGAAUUAAAUAUUAAAACACCAGAUGAAGUGGCCGAUUUGCCAGUGCAUGAAGAAGCUGAUAUUGCUGAUGAAACAAUGACUGGCAGCCGCAAGGCUUCAUUGCGUAAAGCAGACGAACCUAUUAAACAUGAACAGCCAAUUAAGACUAAAAUUGAGAGUAAAGAAAUUGAAGAAAAAGAAAAAGACGACACAAAAGAAAUAGAGGAACAGCCAGAAAAAGUUGAAAAAAUUUCUACGAAAGAAGAAAAAAUCGAAUCAAAAGCUGUUGCGAUUGAAAAGAAAAGUCCUUCACCGACCAGUGUCGAUUCAAAAGUUACGUCACCAGUCGAAAAAGUCGAAUAUAAAGUGGAAGAUUUGGGAAAACAAUUUGAAAGUACAUUGAAAGAUGUAACCGGAAAAGUGGAUUUGACUGAAGAAUCAAGUGAAUUGAAAGGAAAAAGUCCAACAGAUGAAGGUAAACCAGAUGAUAUUGAGCCAGCAAAAGAGAAAGUUUCAGCAAAGGAUGAAACUGUUGAAACUAAGAGUGUGUCUCCAGAUAUUAAACAAGAGGAAAUCAAAACUGAAAUUAUUAACGAAAAAGUUGAAGAAGUAAAGAGUGAUUCACCGGAAAAGCUUGAAUUAGAUCGAAAAGAUAGUGUUUCCGUUGACCCAAUUGCAGAGAAAGUUGCUUCGAAAAGUCCAUCGCCCGAUUUGAAAGAAGAAACAAAAGAAAUACCAAUCGAAAUUAAACGAGAAAGCUUAAUCGCUGAUGCUGAGAUCAAAACUGAAAUUGCUAAAAUUAUUGAGCAAAAACCAGAAGAAAAGUCCAAAAGUCCAUCGCCAACAAAAGACGAAAAAAUUGAUAGUGAAAUUAAAGUGUCUGUAUCGGCUGAAGAUGUUAAGGAAAAAGAAGCAAUCAAAGUUGAAACUGAUGUUGCUUCAUUCAAAGUUGGAGAUGAGGUAAAAAUUGCUUCGCCAACGAAAAUUGAAGAGAAACUCAGUGCUUCACCAAUUCAAGACACAACCCAUACCAAAGAUGAAAAAGUUGCUUCAAAGAGCCCAUCACCCGAUCUUAAAGAACAAACAAGUGUAUCGCCUGUUCCGGAUAAAGUUAGCGAAAGUCUUGACAGUAAAAGAGCAAGUUUAAUCGACGAAACUGAAAUCAAGGCCGAUACUGUGAAACCAAGUGCACCCGAAGUUGAGAAAGAAGUAGAAAAAUCCGGGAGUUCAUCGCCAAUAAAAGACGAAAAAAUAAGUGAAUCACGUAAACAAAGUGUUGCAGAAAAAGUUUCAAUUGAAGGAAUCGAGCACGAGAGUGCAUCACCAUCACCGCCACCAACGAAGGAAGAGGUCGCUUCUCCAAUACGAAAGGAAAGUGUUAGCUCUGUUGCUGAAGAACCAAUUAAAUCAGCCACACCAUCCGAUUUAGAUUUAAAAUCAACUCAAUACAAAGAAGUAUAUGAUUACAGUCAUCCAUUUGAUGCUCAAUGUACACAAGAAUUACGCGAAACACACAUCACAACCGUUGAAUCGCCCAUUAUUGAAAAGAGUAAGAUAAUCGAUUUGCAAGUCAUUGACAAAACUAUUGCUGAAAUUGCGGAAGUUGAAUCACUGAAUGAUAUUAAAGAAGAAGACGAAGAAGAUCGCAUUUCACCACCACAGUCAUCACCAAAACCAAGUGUACCGCUUGAGAUUCAAGUCGAACCGCCACGAUCAGUUUCGCCACGUGAACAAGAAGUAUUGAAAAUUGUCGCAAACGUGGCCGAAGUUUUGAAAUCAGAAAGAGAUAUCACCGACAUUAUACCCGAUUUUAAUGAAGAUGAAUUGGAGAAACAUAUUAUGCAACGUGCAAGCACACCAGAAGUGUUCUCGUCUUCACUUCAAGAUGCACGAUUUGCAGUGGAAAUUGAUAAUGAUCGCAAGGAAUAUGAUUUGUCAGCAUCUUUAUCGGAAACAAAAACGUCAACCACCUCAAUUGAUGAGAAAGAACAACAUGAAAUUGCUGAGAAACAUCAAACAGGAUUCCAAAAAGACACUGACGACGAAGACAUUCAUCGCAAAGAAUCAUUCAUGAGUGAAGCUUUGGAUGAUUCGAGACGUGAAUCGGCCAUUAGUACAUUCAGCGAAAAAGAUUUUACCAAAGACGAAAGUACUUUGGAUAAAUUCUCACGUUCGAAUUCAUCAUUAGAUUUAAAACACGAUGAAUUGGAUGUGAAAUCCACUGAAAUCGAAACACAUUCGGAGGUGACUCAAGUUGAAAAAGUUACCGAUUCACGCAAAGAAUCAAUUGUAAGCGACAGACCAGCUUCAAAAUCACCACAAAAUGAUGAUGACAAAAAGGAUGACGAGAAAAAUGUCGAAAUCGAAAAGUCAUUAAGUGAACGCAAAGAAAGCUUAACACUGAAAAUUGAUGACGAUAAUGCAACGGUUCAACGAAUGUUGGUAACCGCAAGCAGUGAAGAUGGCGGCGAAGAGAUUGAAAUUUGUGCUGAAGGUACCAUCAAAUUCAGUCCAUCAGCAACAACGCCGGAAGUAAUUUCUGGCAUGGCUACUCCCGAUGUCGGCCAUGAUGAGUUGGAAAAAAAAUCGGAAGCGGUUAAGGAAACCAUUGAAUCUACGUUGGAAGUUGACGAUUUGGUGCGACGUGAAUCAACAAGCCGACAAAGUGAUCGGCCCGAUUCGGUAAUGAGUCAUUUCAGUGACACAACUGAACCAGAACUCAAAGAAACAUGCAGUUCACCGGAAAAACAAGUUCAAGAAAAAUUAUCAAGUUCAUCGGGAAAAUCGACUGGUUCGCCAUCAGCGCCCAGCAGCAGUCAUGGAUCCGUUGAAAUUGAAGGUAUCAAAUCACCAACCGAUCAAAAGGAUGAUUCUGUCGUGGCAAAAGUUGAUCUAGACAAAAAAGUUGAGGAGAAAGCAGAGAAAGAAGAAAAAGAUACUGUAAAAGCCGAAUCACGAGCCGAAUCAACGGCAAGUGACGUAAAAGCCGAUGCUGAAAAAUCAUCAACUCCGGCAGUUGAAAGUGCAUUGAAUACCGAAUCUCCAGAAAAAAGUGAACAAAAAUCUCCGACGCCAUCUGCAAAAGACGAACCAGUGCCAACUGAUAAAUCACGUUCACAAUCAAUUGUGAGUGAAAAGGUUGAUAUUUCAGGAAAAGCAACGCCAGCCAAUGUUAGCCGACCUGAAUCAGCGACAAGUGAUAAAAAAGAUGUUUCGCAAACAACAAAAUUACCAAGCCCACCUCCUCAGAGCGAUGAAAAAGAUAGCUUGGAUAAAACAGAUGAUGUGAGCGCUAAAGAUGAACCCAAAUCUCCUGUACCAUCAGAGAAAGAAGAAUUGGCAAUCACAGCAAAAGAUGAAUCACGAAGCCAAUCCGUUGCAAGUGCUAUUAGUGAGGAUAAAGUUGAAAUUACCGAAACACAAAAAUCGCGAACACAGUCUAUUGUGAGUGAAAAGGUUGAUAUUUCAGGAAAAGCGACUCCAGCCGCUCUGAGCCGACCUGAAUCAGCCGCCAGUGACAAAAAAGAUGAUGAACCAAUUGCAAAAUCUCCGAGUCCAUCAGUGGAGAGCGCCAAAAAAGAUUCAUUCGAAAAAGAAGAACCUACAGCAACUAAAGUGGAAUCACGAAGCCAGUCAAUUACGAGUGUGGCCAGUGUAGACAAGGCUGAUGACAAAAAAUCCGUAACAAGUGUAUCACCGAGCCCAUCAGAGAUCGUGAAAAAAGACUCUUUGGAAAAAGCAGAUGACGUCAAAUUUGCGCCAAGCGCACCGUCUCGGCCAGAGUCAGCCGCAAGUGAUAUUAGUUUGAAAGAUGGACAAAAAUCUCCGGCUCCUCCAUCCAAAGAAGAACCACAAGCAACUAAAGUGGAAUCACGAAGCCAAUCCGUUGCAAGUGCUAUUAGUGAGGAUAAAGUUGAAAUUACCGAAACUCAAAAAUCACGAACACAGUCUAUUGUGAGUGAAAAGGUUGAUAUUUCCGGAAAAGCGACUCCAGCUGAUGUGAGCCGACCUGAAUCAGCCGCCAGUGACACAAAAGACAAUGAUUCAAUUGGAAAAUCUCAGAGUCCAUCAGUGGAGAGCGCCAAAAAAGAUUCAUUUGAAAAAGAUGAACCACCAGCAACUAAAGUGGAAUCACGAAGCCAAUCAAAUACGAGCGUGGCCAGUGUAGACAAGGCUGAUGACAAGAAAUCCGUAACAAGUGUAUCACCGAGCCCAUCAGAGAUCGUGAAAAAAGACUCUUUGGAAAAAGCAGACGACGUCAAAUUUACGCCAAGCGCGCCAUCUCGGCCAGAGUCAGCCGCAAGUGAUAUUAGUUUGAAAGAUGGACAAAAAUCUCCUGCUCCUCCAUUCAAAGAAGAACCACAAGCAACUAAAGUGGAAUCACGAAGCCAAUCCGUUGCAAGUGCUGUCAGUGAGGAUGAAGUUGAAAUUACCGAAACUCAAAAAUCACGAACACAGUCUAUUGUGAGUGAAAAGGUUGAUAUUUCAGGAAAAGCGACUCCAGCUGCUUUGAGCCGACCUGAAUCAGCCGCCAGUGACAAAAAAGAUGACGGGCCAAUUGCAAAAUCUCCCAGUCCAUCAGUGGAGAGCGACAAAAAAGAUUCAUUUGAAAAAGAAGAACCAGCAGCAACUAAAGUUGAAUCACGAAGUCAAUCAAUUACGAGCGUGGCCAGUGAAGACAAGGCUGAUGACAAGAAAUCCGUAACAAGUGUAUCACCGAGCCCAUCAGAGAUCGUGAAAAAAGACUCUUUGGAAAAAGCAGAUGACGUCAAAUUUGCUCCAAACGCGCCAUUACGGCCGGCAUCAGCCGCAAGUGAUAUUAGUUUGAAAGAUGAACAAAAGUCGCCUGCUCCUCCAUCCAAAGAGGAAUCGACAGUAAAUAAAGUAGAAUCACGAAGUCAGUCGAUUGUGAGUGUCGUAAGUGAAGAAAAAGUUGAGAUUGAUGAUGCACAAAAGUCACGUUCACAAUCAAUUGUGAGUAAAAGACCAGAUGUGUCUAGAAUGGCAACACCGGCUGAUUUGAGUCGACCCGAAUCAAUUGUAAGUGAUAAAUUAUCAAAAUCACCGGCUCCAUCAAUCGAGUCACACGAUGACAAAAAGGAUGAUGCUAAAUCACCAACUCCAUCAAUUCAAAGUGAAAAGAAAGACUCUGUGACUAAAGAUGAUGAUAAACAAUCCACCACUGACUCUCGUCCAGUAUCAAGCGCAAGCCAAACCAGUGCAAAAGACGAACAAUUAUCAAAAUCACCAGCUCCAUCAGUUCAAAGUGAAAAGAAAGACUCUGUGACCAAAGAUGAUGAUAAAAAAUCAAUAACUGACUCUCGCCCAGCAUCAAGCGUAAGCCAAACCAAUACUAAAGACGAACAAAUAUCGAAAUCACCAGCUCCAUCAAUCCAAAGUGAAAACAAGGACUCUUUAACUAAAGAUGACGAUAAAAAAUCAACCACUGACUCUCGUCCAGUAUCAAGCGCAAGCCAAGCUAGCGCAAAAGACGAACAAUUAUCAAAAUCACCAGCUCCAUCAAUCCAAAGUGACAAGAAAGAUUUUCUGACUAAAGAUGAUGAUAAAAAAUCAACAAGUGAGUCUCGUCCAGCAUCAAGUGCAAGCCAAGCUAGUACAAAAGAUGAAUCGAAAUUGGAAUCUGUGACAGUUAAAGAGGAAAAAAUUGAAAAGUCCGUAAUAAUCGAAUCACAAAGCACCACAAUUGAAAGUGAUAUUGAAGAGUCAAAGGAAGUGAAAAAAUCACCUUCACCACCGCAAAUUGAAGAAAAACUUUCAACACGACCAGAGUCUGCUGCAAGUUCAAAAGAUGGACACAAAUCUCCGACAUCACCAACCAAAGAAGAGCCAAAAGUCGAGUCACGAAGUCAGUCGAUUGUAAGCAUCGUGAGCGAAAAAGAUGAAAAAGUUAGCGAAAAAUCGGAAGAACAAGUUUCAGACGAUACACAAAAAUCACGUUCGCAAUCAAUCGUAAGUGAGAAAGCAGAUAUUUCAGGAAAAUCGUCACCCGUAUCUGUAAGUCGACCGGAAUCUGCUGCGAGCCAUGUUAGCGAAAAAGAAAGCGAAACUGAACUUAAAGAAGAACAGAUUGAAGAGGAAAGUACCUCAUCUAAAAUUGAUUCACGUAGUGGUUCGAUUGCAAGCGCGAUCGAUGUCACAAAAGAAGCCGAAAAAUCGCCCAUUUCACCAGUCAAAGACGUAAAAAUUGAGACCACCAUUACCACUGCUAAAUCCGGAAUUCAAACCGAUUCAAUCGCAAUCGUUGACCAAAAACAAUUGACAAAACUACCAUCAUCUUCAGAAACGCAGAAAGACACAUCACGACCUGAAUCAAGAGUAAGCGAUGGCAAAAAUGAACACACAUCACCGACACCAUCCACAAAAUCAGAUGAAAAAGCCACAGAUGAAUUAAUUGAAAACACACAAAAAUCACGCUCACAAUCGAUAGUAAGUGAAAAAGUUGUGAGCCGACCUGAAUCAGCCGCCAGUAACAAAAAAGACGAUGAACCUAUUGCAAAAUCUCCCAGUCCAUCAGUGGGAAGCGACAAAAAAGAUUUAUUCGAAAAAGAUGAACCACCAGCAACUAAAGUGGAAUCACGAAGCCAAUCCGUUGCAAGUGCUAUUAGUGAGGAUAAAGUUGAAAUUACAGAAACACACAAAUCGCGAACACAGUCUAUUGUGAGUGAAAAGGUUGAUAUUUCCGGAAAAGCGACUCCAGCUGCUGUGAGCCGACCUGAAUCAGCCGCCAGUGACAAAAAAGAUGAUGAACCAAUUGCAAAAUCUCCGAGUCCAUCAGUGGAGAGCACCAAAAAAGAUUCAUUCGAAAAAGAAGAACCACCAGCAACUAAAGUGGAAUCACGAAGCCAAUCAAUUACGAGCGUGGCCAGUGUAGACAAGGCUGAUGACAAGAAAUCCGUAACAAGUGUAUCACCGAGCCGAUCAUCAGAGAUCGUGAAAAAAGACUCUUUGGAAAAAGCAGACGACGUCAAAUUUGCGCCAAGCGUGCCAUCUCGGCCAGAGUCAGCCGCAAGUGAUAUUAGUUUGAAAGAUGGACAAAAAUCUCCGGCUCCUCCAUCCAAAGAAGAACCAGUAGCAACUAAAGUGGAAUCACGAAGCCAAUCCGUUGCAAGUGCUAUUAGUGAGGAUAAAGUUGAAAUUACCGAAACUCAAAAAUCGCGAACACAGUCUAUUGUGAGUGAAAAGGUUGAUAUUUCCGGAAAAGCGACUCCAGCUGCUGUGAGCCGACCAGAAUCAGCCGCCAGUGACAAAAAAGACAAUGAACCAAUUUCAAAAUCUCCCAGUCCAUCAGCGGAGAGCGACAAAAAAGAUUUAUAUGAAAAAGAUGGUCAAAAGUCGCCAGUUCAAUCAACAAAACCAGAAGAAAUUACAACGAAAUCCGAAUCUCGAAGUCAAUCCGUUGCAAGUAUCGUCAGUGAAGGUAAAGACGAUAAGAAAUCCGUAACAAGUGUAUCACCAAGCCCAUCAGAGAGCGUGAAAAAAGACUCUUUGGAAAAAGCAGAUGACGUCAAAUUUGCGCCAAGCGCACCAUCACGGCCGGAAUCAGCCGCAAGUGAUAUUAGUUUGAAAGAUGAACAAAAGUCGCCUGCUCCUCCAUCCAAAGAGGAAUCGACAGUAAAUAAAGUAGAAUCACGAAGUCAGUCGAUUGUGAGUGUCGUAAGUGAAGAAAAAGUUGAGAUUGAUGAUGCACAAAAGUCACGUUCACAAUCAAUUUUGAGUGAAAAAUCAGAUGCGUCUGGAAAGGCAACACCGGCUGAUUUGAGUCGACCCGAAUCAAUUGUAAGUGAUAAAUUAUCAAAAUCACCGGCUCCAUCAAUUGAGUCACAUGAUGACAAAAAGGAUGAUGCUAAAUCACCAACUCCGUCAAUUCAAAGUGAAAAGAAAGACUCUGUGACUAAAGAUGAUGAUCAAAAAUCCACCACUGACUCUCGUCCAGUAUCAAGCGCAAGCCAAACCAGUGCAAAAGACGAACAAUUACCAAAAUCACCAGCUCAAAGUGAAAAGAAAGACUCUGUGACCAAAGAUGAUGAUAAAAAAUCAAUAACUGACUCUCGUCCAGUAUCAAGCGUAAGCCAAACCAGUACUAAAGACGAACAAUUAUCAAAAUCACCAGAUCCAUCAAUUAUAAGUGAAAACAAGGACUCUUUAACUAAAGAUGACGAUAAAAAAUCAACUACUGACUCUCGUCCAGUAUCAAGCGCAAAACAAGCUAGCGCAAAAGACGAACAAUUAUCAAAAUCACCAACUCCAUCAAUUCAAAGCGAAAAUAAGGACUCGUUGACCAAAGAUGACGAUAAAAAAUCAACCACUGAGUCUCGUCCAGCAUCAAGCGUAAGCCAAGCCAGUGCAAAAGAUGAACAAUUAUCAAAAUCGCCGGCUCCAUCAGUCGAGUCACACGAUGAUAAAAAGGAUGAUGAAAAAUCACCCACACCAUCAGUUGAAAAAUGCGGAAUAAAAUCGGAGACAAGUGCUUUUAUUGAAGCAGAAAAAACAAUUAUAUUAAAAGAAGAAACAUUAAUAAAAACCGUAACUGAAACACAUACAAAAAUAAGUGACGAAAGAAUCGAUUCAACAGCUUCGAGUAGCAAAACAACUGAAAAGUCAACAGAUAAAAAGGAUGGUAGUGAUUCAGAUACGAUUGGUCUACAAAUAACAGCUGGGAGUACUAUUUGCGAUUUUCAUGAUUCAUCUGAUAAAAAGAAUAUCGUCCAAGGAACCGUAGAAGAUGAUUUUAUUGUUCACGAAUUGCCAAAGAAAACCGACGUUUUGAGGGAAUCACGUUCAAAAUCGGUUGCAUCGAUAUCCGUUUUUGGUAUUGGAAAAGCACCUCAAAGUUUGGAUUUAGACAAAAUUAUCGAAGUAUCAAAAGAUGAUUCAAAUCUGAGCGGUUCAUCGCGUAAAACAUCCGACAUUAGUACGCUAAUUGAAGACGUUAAAAGAAUUGAUGAAAAAAUCACUAGCAAACCAAACGAAAAACUUGAAUCUUCGGCCGUGAUAGAUGAGCAAUUAUCAAGUUUGGAUCAUAAAUUAACUCAAAAAAUCAGUACACAUUCUUCACUGGAGAGCACAACAUCCGACAAAGGUUCGAUUGAAACCGUUUUCGAUGGUGGUGCAUUGAGCACAAAGGAACAUUCAUUCGAUUUGUCGGCCACAACCAAAGAAGUAACAUCAUCCGCGCAAGUGAUGAACAAAGAAAUUUCAACGAUUAAAAUCGAAUCGAAAGCAUGCCGUGAUUCAGACAAUGAAAGUUUACCUAUUAGUGACGAUGAAGCCAUUACAUCAAGUCAAAAGUACUCGUACGAAGACUAUCAAUUUGAACGUUCCAAUUCGGAAUUGAGUAAAAAAUCAGAUUUGGAUAUUGACGAUUCACAAAAUGACAUUCCACCACAAUAUGGUAGCCAAGAAUACAAAUCAGCUGUCACUGUAUCAUCCUCAUAUGCAAUCGAUCCGAUGAGCGCAUCAUUUUAUGGAGAAUUACCAAGUGGAAGUGAAAAAUCCGAACCAACGACAGUUACAACGGUUCGUACAGUAAUCACAAAACAAUAUGAUAUUCAUGGUGAUAGUGAGCCAGUUACACACACACAAACGACACAAAAAACAUUCACCAGCAAAUCGAGUGAUCAUAAAUUCCUCGAUGAAGCCGAUCUUGACUUCGAAAAAGCCUUAGAAGAGCAUCGUCAAGUGCGCGGUGCUGAUGUCAUGUCAUCCGUUACAUCAAAAUAUGAAUUUUCUCCAUCAAAAUUCCCGGCUACCGGUCAAUUGACCGAAUCUACUGCCGAUUUUCCAUUGACCGAUGUGAAAUCACCCAAAGAUCAACCAAAAGACACAGAAGUGAUAACAGUUACAACAGCUACAGCCACAACAACAAUAACAGCAACAACAACAGUAUCAUCGGCAGAAGCGGCCAGUUCGGCUGCCGAUGCAUUGGCACGCCAAUUGGAGGACGAUUUGAAAAAAGCCGAAGAACGAGUCGCAUCUUGGGGUAAACCAUUAGGUCUUCCAGUAUCGAUGAACGAUAAUCCACCAACACCAAAGAGAGAACGGAAGAUUGUAUCGGCUAAAAUUAAAAUAAACAAUGAGAAAAAUAAGCGCGCCAAUUCACCAAAUAAAAGCAAAAAAAUCACACCAAUUUACAUGGAUCUUACAUAUGUACCGCAUAAUGGAAACUCAUACUAUUCGCAUGUGGAAUUUUUCAAACGUGUACGAGCUCGAUACUAUGUAUUCUCGGGAACUGAACCCAGCCGAGAUGCAUACAAUGCUCUGCUUGAAGCUAAACAAACAUGGGAAGACAAAAAUUUGGAAGUCACCAUCAUUCCCACAUACGACACAGAUGUGCUCGGCUAUUGGGUAGCUGAAAAUGAAGAGUUGCUCGCAAAAUGCCACAUCGAUUUAUCUCCGUCAGCAUCUCGAUGCACAAUCAAUUUACAAGAUCAUGAGACAUCUUGUUCAGCUUAUCGCUUGGAGUUCUAAGUUAAAUCGAUCGAAUAUCCAUAUAUUGAAGUAAAAUUCCUCAAAUGGAUACAGUAGAAGUAAUAAAACAGCCUUUUUUUUUUUCUUUAAAUCAGCCAUCAGUUUGAUUAACAACAACAAAAUGCACAAUCUAUUUAUGAAAUUCAAUUUGAUAUUCAAUGCACCAGAUAUACAACAACAACAAAAACAUUUUAACAAUUUUCUCAAUAGACAAAAGCGGUGCAACACGAAAACAUAAAUACAUUUGCUUCACUGGAACACAAAUUAAUCAAAACACAAAAAAUGAAAUGUUAUUCCCAUAUACAACAAGAAAAACCUAUUCUUAUAUUAUUGCAUUACAAAUCGUGCAUUCCCAUAAAGCGAUUUAUUUAUGUCAAGUUAUUGUUGUUUACAAAAUGGUAUCUCUCUCCUAGAUAGCGACGUGAAUUCUAUAGAAGAAAAAAAUUUCUAGAUACGAUUGUAUCCAUUAAUGGAUUUAAAAAAAAAAAAAAAUCAAAAGAAGAGGAUAAACAUUGCCAUGUGCAAUAAAUAUGAAAGUGAAGAAGUUUAUUCAAGUUUCAAGUACUUAUGUUUCUGUUUAAAGCCCUCUUUAAGAAAAAAGAAUCGAACGAGCUUUCACAUAAUAAAUUAUGUAAUUGAUGUACCUUAGACCAAAUGAAAUUAAAAAAUUAAAAAAAAAACAACUGUUAAAAAAAAUUCUAUUUUCGCAUCUAAAAACCAAUUGGUUAGCUUUGAUUAUUGAUUACAUUAGAGAUAUAUUUUUAUGAUUGGAUUAAAAAGCAAAUUGGUGCACCAUUUAAUGGUUUUUUUUGCAACGUUUACAAAAUUGAAGUAAAAAAAUUUAUUUAUAAAACAAUUGAAUUUUAUGGAAAGAAAUCUCCAGCAAAUCAAAAAGAAAGUUCGAUCUCAUUGCAACAAACUAAGUGUUAUGCUAAACAAAAUUAAAAAUGAUUUCUUUUUCUCCCGCUCAGAAAAUGAGAUACAUCCAUUUUAUUUUAAUCAAAAUGUACUACUAGAUGGCCCAAUUCUUAUAUCAACAAACAAUACAAUAUUAUUUAUUUAGUGUUAGAAUUUAACCAACCAAAAAAAAAACAACUAAUUUUAUUAACUAAUAUUAUCUUAUUACUAUGUGCGAAAAUAAUGAAAAUAAUAAAGAUUGCGUAUAUGUGUAAUGCGUGACAGAGUAGAAUGGUUCAGUUUCGAGAGAUGUUUUCGAUUGGUCACCCAAAUGAUUGAAGGUGCAACACAAUGGUGAAAAACAAUGGAAUUUUGAACAUUUUAUAGAUAAAAAAUCGACUAACCCCAAUUCGCCGCACUUGAAGCCACUAAUAAUAAAACACCUCAUACCCUACUCAAACCAUACGACGAUCAAUCGAACAGCCAUUUAACCUAAAACUCACAAAAACUCACCCACACAUACGAAUAUAUUCAACCUAUACCCCCUCAAACAAAAUACAAAACACGAAUAUUCUACAUUUAGGUAAUUUUUAAUUUUACGUAUUAAGAGAAAUGAGCACGAAAAAAACAGUUUCUAGUGAAAAAAAAACAACCAAAUGAACCUAAUAUGCCCAAAUAAAAAAAAAAAACAUUGAAAAACGAACGAAAAAAAUCGACGAAAAAGAAAAUAAAAUAAAAUUCUUGUUUAUGAUUUCAAAAAGACUUUAAAAGUGGAUAUAAAGCUUACAUACGUGUGAACUGAAUUUAAGACAUUUAGCAGAGUAAAUAAUGGCUUCCCCAAAUGAAUUAAUAAAAAAAUACGCCAAAUAUAUCAAACUCAGACAUAAAACAAUUAGCGCCUAUGUUAAUUUUUUUCCUUCUCCGAAUAUUUCGCAGAUAAACUUAAAAACAAAAACCGAACUAACAGGCAAUAACAAUAUAAAGCCAAUUUACAUUGGAAAAUUCCAAUAUGUUUUUUUGAUCACAUUUUUCUUUAGAAUCUCAGAACAAAAAGAUUUUCUCCCGCCAAGAACGGCGACAAGAGAAUAGUUUUUUGUUUUUCAUUUUUUGAAACCGUUAUUAAUUUCGAUGAAUGAAAAUAGAAACAACUGCAGUGGAUCGGUAGCCAAAACAUCGAUCCUUAAUUAGAAAACAAACACAUAAACACACGCCAGUAUUUAUCCAUUUUAAUUGCAUUUCUAUGUGACUACAAAAUGUGAUUGUGAUAACGAUUUAAAAAAAUAAUAUCGAAUGAAGGCUUAAACAAUAAUAGAAUGACUUUAUAAAUGAGAAAAAAAAAGAAUAUUACAAUAAAAAAAGUGAACAAAAACAAUUAACUUUUAAUAAAUUGACCUCAACCGAAUAAGUAUGAGUUGAUAUAGAAAAAAAAAAAAACAAUGAAA